AUGGGAUAUCGCCUCUUGAGGGAUCUGGACAUCGGCAUGCAGUUACGCGCAAUCUAUGAUAAUGAUGAUUUUAAGGGAGAGGAAGAAGAAGAGGAUAGUUUUGAGAGUGGGGGGGACGAUGUGGAUGAGGAGGAUGAGGCAGCCGAAUAUUCCUCGCCUGAGAGGAGGGAUAUACAUUUUGGAGUUUACACUCCCGGUGAUUCCAGUGUUCGUGUCGGUCCACAGAGUACUCUUUUUAGAGGUCUCAGUACUACUCUUCAUCAUGCCGGCCCACAGAGUGAUCUUUUUAGAGGUCCUAGUACUACUCUUCAUGAUACUGGACUGCGGGCCAUUUUGUUUGGAGGUCCCGGUAGUACUCUUCAUGAUGUCAACUCCCAGCAUCAUUAUGGCGGGACUUCGGCGCACCCCCUUCUGACUAGUCAGCCUCAUUCCCAUUUUGGUGCCGCCUACAUUGGUGCCUCUAGCCGUCCUGAGGCACCUGCAACGUCAUCAGGUACUAGCAGACGGUCUAAGGUUUCUAAUGAAGAAAUUGAUGAUUGGGUUGUGACGGACGACGUACCUGGCGGGCCAUGUGAUGGGUCAGUGAUUCCUAGUUUUCUUGGCCACACUGCUUAUCAGUUGUGGAAUGGAGAACCAAGAGAUUACCUGACAAUGAAGCCAGAGAAGAAGAGUUUGUCUAGAUUGCAUGGAUGGGUCCUCCCCGCUGAUCAGGUUCAAGCUUGGGUGUGGAUCUUGUUAGCCUCAACACUCUUUCUUGACAGGAGUGGGGGCAGGAUUAGUGCUUCACUUAUGAACGACCUCUACGGAGGUAUCGAAAAUAUUGAAGCUUACUCCUGGGGAUCCGGUACACUAGCAUUCCUCUAUCGUCAGCUUGGGAUUGCUAGUCGAGCAGGGUGUACCAUGAUGGCUGGUUGUAUGACCCUUCUCCAGGCAUGGAUAUAUGAGUAUUUUCCAUACUUCCAGCCCUAG